AUGUUGUCUAAUAUAUUCCAUCUACUUUGGAUUAUCAAUGCUAUGAGUAUUAUGGCUUAUGGUGCAUCAAUUUUUACUUCAAAAAAUUUAAAUCUGUAUAAUACAAUCAUAAAAAACACAUCAACAACAAAUGCUUAUUUUCGUCCUACAUGGAUAGAUGUUAAUCUUAGUGCAGUAGAUUCAAAUGUACGUCUUUUGAAAGAAUAUAUUGGUGAAAAAGUACAUUUAAUGGCUGUUGUAAAAGGAAAUGGUUAUGGACAUGGAAUGUUAGAAAUAGCGGAAGCAAGUAUUUCUGCUGGUGCAACAUGGUUAGGAGUUGCUUCAUUAGAUGAAGCACUGGCUAUACGUUCAAAAUUCUCACAUGAUAUUCCGAUUCUCGUUCUUGGUUAUGUUGCUCCACAGUAUUUAUCUUUAACUAGUCAACUUCGUAUCACCGUCACAGCUAUUUCACUUGAAUGGGUACAAGAAGCUGCUCGGAUAGUUCAACAACCGUUCGAUUUUCAUCUCAAAUUAGAUACAGGUCUCAAUCGACUUGGAUUGACAACGAUUGAUGAAGUAGAAGCAGUAAUGAAAAUGGUUUCUCUCAAUCCGAAUCUAAAUUGUACAGGAAUUUUUACUCAUUUUGCUACAUCAGAAGAUAUGCAAAAUAAAAGUUAUUUUCAUCAACAACUAGCAAGUUUUCAUACAUUUCUUAAUGUCAUUCCUAAUCGUACGAAUAAAAUUAUUCAUUGUGCAAAUUCUGGUGCCACUUUAUAUCAUCCAGAAAAACCUUUCUUUAAUAUGGUUCGUUUAGGAAAAGCAUUAAUGGGUCCACCAAAUGAAGGAUUAAAACAUCUACUUCCCAUGCAACUUCAAAAUACACUAUCACUUCAUUCUAUCUUAGAUCUCGUCAAACAAUUAAAUCCUGGUGACAAAGUCGGUUAUGUAGGUGAAUAUACAGCAACACAACAUCAAUGGAUUGGUACUAUACCUAUGGGAUAUGCUGAUGGUUGGCAUCAACAAUUCAAAGCAACUAGUGUUCUCGUCGAUGGAAAACGAGUACCAAUUAUUGGACGUAUUUCUAUGGAUCAACUAAUGGUAGCUUUACCAAGAAAAUAUCCGACUGGCACUCGUGUAACAUUCAUCGGUCAACAAGAUAAUGAAAUAAUACUUGCAGAUGAAAUCGCACAGAAAGCAAGUCAACCAAGAUCAGAAAUAUUUCUAUGGAUUUUCUGUCUUAUAACAGUUGUUGACUGUCAAGGAGGAGGCGGCGGUGGUGGUGGAGGUGCAUAUGGCUUUUUUGGUGUUGUAGCUAUUCUGAUCUGCUUGCCUAUAUACUGUUGCUGUGCGGGUAGACCAAGACGAUCUAAUGCUAAAUUUGUUAAUAAAACAACUUCAUCUGACGCAGAAAAACAAAUAAUUGAUAUAAAACUUUUUCAAUCUGGUACAUGGGAGAGUCAAUAUCAUCAAUACAAUAAAUGGCAUGGACCGCAUCAAGUUGACUUAUUUUUUGAUAUGCAUCAGAUGAAAAUAACAGGAUCCGGAUCAGAUGAUGUUGGUUUGUAUUCUAUUGAUGGUCUAUAUUCAACACAAACUCGUCGAAUUGGUCUUACAAAGACUUAUCUAUCUGGUUCAGGAAAUAUAUCACAAAAUCUAGGACAUAAUGUUAUUAUUCAACUCGAAUGGAAUAGAUAUAAUAAUCAAUUCGAAGGUAAAUGGUUAUCAUCGACAGAUGAACAUUGGUUUAUAUUUAAUAAAUAUCAAUUUCCUGGUUUUUAUACACCACUUUUUACAUUAAUCUCUUCGUUACCUAAUACAACAAAUUUAAGUAUUCGAAAAAAUCUUUCAUUUGCUUUAUCUACAUAUGAAAACUCAAUUGAUAUUAAUAAUCGAAAUGAACAAUUAAUUAAAUUAAAUAUUGAACGUGCUGAUUUAAUGUAUAAUACAAUAAAUCAUUUAAUAUUUAUUGGUAUACGACAACAAGCUAAAUUUGAAACUUAUGUUAAUUGUAAAUUAAUUGAUUCAUAUUUACUCAAUUCAACAAAAAAUUUAACAUUUACAGUUGAAAAUUUAACAGAAGGAAUUAAAUAUUAUCAUGAACAAAUAUUUGAAAAAUUUGGAUGUAGCCAAACAGAAUCACUUAAUGAAGCAGCAAUAAUUGAAAGACCAUUGAUUCGAAAAAUGCAAUAUAUUAUUGAAAAAGUUCAACAUCUACAAUCUCCUCUUGUAUCAAUCUCAGAUUCAUUGACUAUUAUUUACAAACCAUAUAUAAGUCAGUUCAAUAAUACUAUUCUUAAUGUAUCACGAUUGGCAUUUCAUAUUCGUUAUUAUCCUAAAGAACAUCUCUUUCAUAUGCAAUUCAAUAAUGAAAAUCGUACUCAGUUUCUAUUAUAUGCUGAUAAAUCAACUGGUUUUUCUACUCCUAACAAUACUAUACUCUUCUUACAUAUAACUUCAACAAUGAUAACAUGUUACGUUAAUUGUGAAUUAACUGAUCAGGAAUUUAUCAUUGAUUCAUCUUAUGUACAAAAUAUAAUUCGACAAAUAAUUAAUGAAAAUGAUGAACAAAAACUACUUAUACAAUAUGAUCGUCAAUCAACAUUAAUUUUAUUUAAUAAAUCAAUUGAUCAAGUAGCAGCGAAUUUUUUCUGUUUAAAAUUGGAUAAAAACAAUGAAGAUUUCGUACCUGAUAAAUAUACUUUACGAAAAUUUGCUAAUACUCUCGAUGUAUUAGUUGAUAAUCUUGAUACUCCAAUAUCUAUGAAUGAUCAGACAUUAAUACCAGUCGCACAAAAUAUUUCACCUGUUGAUAUUCAUUUAAUAAAUGGUUUUGGAAGCCUUCAAGUUUCUUCAUUAAAUGUUGAUAUAAAUACAAUACCAACUGAGAUUAUUAAAUAUAAUAAAUCAUGCCUGAUAGAUCAAGAUUGUAGUUUGAAUAAUUCUUUUUUAACAUGUCAAAAUGAACAUUGUAUAUGUUCAACACAUUGUUUUUGGUCAUCAGUUUUACAUCGUUGUAUAUCAUGUAAAGAUCUAUCCGUUGGUAAUCGUUGUUUUCGUUUAUCAAAUCAUAAAUCUACAUGGUAUGAAACAAAUGAUUAUUGUCAAGAUGAAAAUUCUUUAGAUGAACAACAAGAAUAUACUAUGAAGUUAGCAUCAAAUUUAACUCGUACUGAUAUUGAAUUACUUAAACAUAGUCUUUUACAUGAAGAUGAUGGUGAACAAUUGGAUUAUUUUUAUUGGAUUGGUUUAACAAGUCAUUUUAAUAUACAAAAAUUUCAUAAACAAAAUUAUCGAACGAAACGACGUAUAUCAACAACAACAAUAACAUUUCAUUGGUAUGAUAAUAGUGAAAUAACACAAUUAGAUAGUCCAGAUAUAUGGUGUUCACAAAAAGAAAAUAUAAAUAGAGAAACAAUUGAUAAUAAUGACUUAUGUGUUAGUUUGACUUCAUGUGGUUUAUAUGCUGAUGACUGUCAACGAAAUUACAGAUAUUUAUGUGAAGCUGUUUGA